AUGGAGGGCGAGCUAUUGGAGGCAGAUAUAGUACUUGCAUCGGACUUGAGCUUUAAGAAGAUACAGUCUCAUGAAAAAUACCCGAAGGGGCAGUCUCGAGGAAGGUGGAAACACCUCAAGCAGAUUCUUCAAGCUGAGAAUUUUCAUGAUUAUCCUCCCGAAGAACCCAACUAUAUGAACAUUGAGUCGCCUCCGUCCACUCAACCAUGCAAGAGAAUUUGCGAUAUAACUGGAUAUGAGGCACCAUAUGUGGACCCAAGAACAAAUCUGAGGUAUGCAAAUGCAGAGGUCUUCAAGACUGUAAGGUCACUCUCUUCCGAGCAAGUCCACCAGUAUCUCUCCAUUCGCAAUGCUGCUGUUGUUCUCAAGUAG